UCUGGUCAGAUGUCCCGCGGCGGCUGACCACGAUUUGCGUCGGAAUUCCUCUGGUCUGGAAACUCCUGGAACGGCCAGCGACUGCCUAUCUGUUCUUUUUCGGUGCCCACGCGAUUUCUGCAUGGGAGUUCACAAUGCUGGAGCCUGCAUCAACAACUUCCGCUUCUACUCCCACAGCGCCACGACCAUUGUCAAGACUCCUCUUUUGUGCUGCGAGUCUGCUGCUGGCGGCCAUCCCCGAGUCGUCGUCUUCGCUUUAUUGUUUCGGAUCUUCCCUCGCGGCUGGAGUCUUUUGCCUGGCAAACAGUCACCACUGCGUAGUUGGAUUGAUGGUAGUGACGCUGCCCUUUCGAGCCUGGUGUCAGCUGGCGCUGGGUAACAGCGAUGGAUCAACCUUUCUCAGUACCGUUGCGGUUCUGCUGACCGUUUGGAACGCCGAUACCGGGGCGCUGGUUGCGGGCCGAUUGCUAGGCAGAAGGAGGUCAACCCCAGGGUGUCUUCCGGAAUGGAUCAGGCGCGUGUCUCCCGCCAAAACCGCCGAGGGGUUCCUCGGAGGGAUCCUUGGCGGCAUCGCCACGGCCCUCUGGUUGGUACCAAUGCUUGUGCGAGUCUUUUCCAUGGACACAACGCCAGGGAUUCGAUCGUUGUGGGGACUCGAUGCAGACGAUGGCUUGGGCGCCGUCAAGAGGAUAACACUGGGAUUCGUCCUCUCGGUCUUGGCAAUACUAGGUGACCUGGUGGAAUCUUCUGUCAAGCGGCUUUCCCAUUCCAAGGAUUCCGGGAGCGUUCUUCCCGGGCAUGGUGGGAUUCUCGACCGUUUUGAUUCAUCCCUGCUAGCGGUCCUAUUUUACAGGGUGGUCCUCGACCAGGCGACAGAGCUCACGUACGGAACAUCGGGAGAUGCGAUAAUGGAAUCGGGGGAAAAGGAAGAGUUGUAGAGGCCAACAUAUCUAUUGAUACGAAAAAGAACAUUGCAAGAGGAAUACCAAAAAAAGCACCAGUUCGAUAGUUUUCAUAGUGUUCUAUUUUUUAGAAAUCGAAACGAGUUUUUUCAUUCAGCAAACUGGGUGACAACAAAAGUAGGAUUGAUGAAGUACGAAUUGUCUCUCCGAAACGCUUAUGGUGUUGGUUGCCAUUGCAUGGUAUUGUAUUUCCAGCAGAAUUCUAUCGCAUUCAAUUUACCACCACCCGAGGCGUCAACCCAUUAGUGUAAUUGCGUAGAAGGAGCCAUAGUUUCACUCACGAACCGAGAAUCUACUUUGUUCCUGCUGCUCUCAUCAGUUCUGGGACGGUGGAGAGUUUGGCAAUUCGUACGAAUACAGGUAACAAUAUGUCGCCAUACAUAAAGUGUAAGAGUACCC